GGAAAAUUUCCAUAAAAUAAUUAAUUUUAAAGAGAAGAGAGAUUUUGGUUUAAGAAGUGAUUCAUCAUCGCAAUCGAGCGCAAUCUCUCUCACACUUGUGUGAAUACGGCGCCAAGGUUUCAAGAGAGAGAGAGACCCCGAAACAAAGGUUAGUAGUGGAGAGAGAUCGUCUCAAUGGAGCCCGAGAUCGCUUCUUGCUCGCAAACUCUUACGCCAAACCAGGCGGCAACUCCAGAAGCUAAUGGUGUGGAGCAAUACGAAGGUGUUGUUAAUAACAACACUGUUGAUAAUAAGAACAAAGGGAAGGCUAUUCAAUUGGGAGACGAUGAUGAGGGGUCUGCUAGCGAUAUUUAUGACACAACCAACAAUGAUGAAUCGUAUCCUGGUUCCUCUCCAUUAUCAAAUAGCUUGCUAGACCCUGAUUCCUUGAUCUACGAAGACGACGAUGACUAUUCUGAUCAGUACGGGUAUGAGAUGGAGGAUGAGCUUGAGGAGGAGGAUGACUACGUCUCCGAGUAUCAAGCCAUUUUUGAUGCCAAGGAGAAGGACAUCCCUGCCGGUGUCGAGGUGGCAAUGGACUGGCUUCCAAACUCUGAAGCUGGUAAAUCCGGCAAAUGUUCCCGCGACGAGCACGGGAUCAAACCCGAAGCUCCCAGCAGCAGCUCGAAGAAGGCGACGACGGGGAGUGGGAUCCACUCAGCUCCUCCUGUGGCUCAGCCAUGGAAUGCUCUGCCUCACAACGCUAAAGGAGUGAUACCCAACUCUGCUUACGCGUUGCCGCUUAAAAGCCAGACUUACCAUUACUCUGCAGCACAAGCUUUCAAGUUUUCUUCUUCCUCCGGUCAACUUGAGCCUCAGACUCCUGAUACCGUGAUGGGGGAGGCUCCUGUUCUAGCUACAGCUCCUUCUGGUUUAGUGCUUCCGGUGCCAAACAACCCGUCCUGGUACAAAGGGCAUAAGAUGUACCCUCAUGCUCGGCCUAGAGUGGAGGAGGUUAUUGCAGGUCAGAGUUCUUCCAGAGUGAAGAGGAACAUGGAGGAUUAUCUUGGCAAGUAUUUGUUUUUCAAAAAGUUUGACAUUGUUGAAGAUUUGGGGGACCAUGAAUACGCUGCUCAGGGAACAACUGUAAAGCAGCAUUCGAAAGAAUGGAUGAAAAGGAUCCAAGAAGAGUGGAGAAUUCUUGAGAAUGAUUUGCCAGAGAUGAUAUUUGUCAGAGCUUAUGAGUCUAGGAUGGACCUUAUGAGGGCUGUGAUUGUUGGAGCCGAUGGAACUCCAUACCAUGACGGUCUCUUCUUUUUCGAUAUCUUCUUCCCUGAUACAUACCCUUCUGUGCCUCCGAUGGUUCAUUACCAGUCUGGUGGGCUAAGAAUCAACCCGAAUCUGUACAACUGUGGGAAAGUGUGUCUGAGUCUUCUCGGCACUUGGAGUGGUGCACCGAAGGAGAAGUGGAUCCCCAACAACUCUACAAUGUUACAGGUUCUUGUCUCAAUCCAAGGUCUAAUCUUGAAUGAAAAGCCUUACUUCAACGAGCCUGGCUACGAGAGAACAGCUGGUUCUGCAGGCGGGGAGGCCCAAUCUAAAGCUUACAGCGAAAACACAUUCUUGCUUUCUUUGAAGACGAUGGUUUACAACAUGAGGAGACCACCCAAGUAUUUUGAAGACUUUUCGUAUGGGCAUUUCUUCAGCUGUGCUCACGACGUGUUGAGGGCGUGUACUGCUUAUAGGAACGGAGCUCUAGUGGCAUCUUUGGUGAGGGGGAAGGUUAAAGAAGGGGAAGAGAGUAGCGAGAGAUGCUCUGAGAAGUUUAGUCAAGAUGUGGGUAACAUUGUGGACACACUUCUGUUGAAGGAGUUCAUUCUUUUAGGUGUCCUUGGUCUGGAACCGGAAGAGGAAGGCAAAGCCUCGGAGACUAACGUUGCAGAGAGCAGUGACAGACCGCCGAGAGGGGGAAUGUCUUCGAGUUGAGCUUCAUUGCUUCCUUUUUCUCAUUUGAUCAUUUUCUUAUUUUAAGUAGCUUAAGCUCUUCUUAGGCGAGAUUUCUUCAAUGUUAACAGAUCACAGAGAACUUAGUUGAUCCUUUUCUUAUUAUAUCAUGGAUCCUCUUUCUUUCUUAUAUAUGACAUGACUUUAUUGAGAGGGUACUCUCAUUUGUACAGUUGUCUUUUUCAGAUAAUUAUCAUAAUAUAUUGGAAGACU